AAAGACUCCCUGGAUUUUCGUCCUUUUUUUUCAGUUAUCUUUCUAAUAUGGUGAAUCUGCCAAACUGAAUCCCACUCCACCUGCCAGCUAAGGGGCGGAGACUAUAAAUAGCCUGCUCACCCUUUAGUUCAUCCUUUGCACUCCCUGCCAGCACACCAAUUUAACCCUGUGUCCUGAGUUUCCUCCACAUAUCCUGAAGUGUGCGUCUUCAAGUUAACCACACAAAAUAAUCAAGACCAAAAGGGAAAAUAAAUACUGGUUCUUGCAUUAAACCCUGCCUUCUCCUUGCCUCAUUGCAUCCUUGCCCUUUGGGUCUUCUGACCGAGACCCUGUCUGCUCGCCACACUCACUCUCCCCGAACCAAAUCACCCCUACAGUUCCUUCAAUGGUCCUUCGAGCCGGAUACUGAGUGAGUGAUACCAUGGCAGGCAACGGUAAGGAGUCAAGAGAGUUGACGUUGCCAGAGAAGGCCCCCCAAGCUGGAACCAGAAGUGAGGGGACGGUAUCCAGACCUACACGAGAGAGACGUCCACCUGACCGCUAUGGCUUCCUGGAUCCUGAUGGGAAACUCUCCAGCCAGCCCAAAAGCCUCCCUCGUCACAGCCAAGCAGCCGUACUGCCGCCUCCACCCCCAGGUGCUGUUGAUGUCCAGGCGGAUGACCAUGAAAACCCUGAUCAGACGCUGAGAGAGAACACAGCCGCUGAGGAACGAGGAGUGGAGGAGGAAGAGACGACAGUCGAGGAGGAAGAAGAAGAGGACUAUGAAGUUACCCACGACUAUGUCCAGCUUGAAUCAGCAGCUCUUCAGCCCGCUCCACUGCCCGCUCCCCUGCCCGCUCCACUGCCCGCUCCACAGCCAGCUACACAGCCAGCAUCUGCUCCGAUCCACCUGAGAGAUGUGAGACCUGGCAGAUCCAGGGGCAAGAGCGACAAGCGUGAGCCACCACCAAGGUCGAAGACGGCCUUCUCUUCUAGCUCCACUUAUGCUAGUGGAAGCUCCCGAAGCUCACGCAGGAGCCAACAGGUGGAGCUCACCCCACAACAGGCGGCCAUGGUCGAUGAGAGGAGGAAACUUGGAGAACUGCAGGAGAUACAGCGUCAGAUUGAGGAGGAACAAGCUAUAGAUGAACGGGCACAAGAACUGGAUAGGCGAGCACAAGAAGCUUUGAAGGAGAGAGAGAGGAUGACCCGGUCUCUUACUCUACAGCGACGACUACGGAAAGUCCGAAGAGAACUGGAAGAGGCUCGAUUAAUCACAUCCUUCACUGGGGAUGUAGGAAUGACCACAGAACAUCCACCCGCUCCGCCAGCUAUGUCCAGUGUGAAUGACCCACCUCAAGUGCUUGCUCCUUUUUCCCUGAGCUCCAGAGUCCUGGAUUCAGCUGAACCUGUUGAUCUGUUCUCCGAGCAGCAGGCUCCCCCUGAGGUUCCUCAGACAUCGGUCUCCUAUCAAGUUCCAGUGAGUGAACAAUCUCUUUCGUACCACCACUUACCUCCAGCUGUGAGUCUACCUGUAGAUGCUGUGAGUCAAGCAGCAACUUCUGAUCCUACUGCUGAGAGUCACACAUUACUUCAGACUUCCAGUCCCGAGCAUGCGGCUCCAUCACCUCCUUUGUUUCACCACAUAGCGCUGACCGCACCUCGUCCGGCCAGGAGUCAGAGGCCUUCAGAUCCGGUUCGUGAGAAACCUGCACCUCUUUCCUUGCCUAACCCCAUUGAGAGGGUAUCAGAGGGCGCUAGUAUAAUGGAGCUUUUAGUAGCGACUGCCUUUGGCAUCCCGAAGCCAAGAUUGCCUUAUUUUGAGAGCGGAAAGGAAAGUGACUUUGUUCUGCUUACCAUGGCGUUGGAGAAUCUCUUAGAUAUCCACGCUCACCUUUCUGAACAGUACAAGUUUCAGGUCCUUAUGGAUCACUUGAGGCUGCCAAGUGCAUACAAACUGGCAAAGUCCUAUAUGCACGCCUCAACUCCCUACACUUCCGCUCUUGCUGCCCUUAAGGCAAAGUAUGGCCAGCCACGGCAGUUGGUCCAAAGUGAAAUAGCUAGCAUCCUCAAUUCACCACCUGUCAGACUUGGUGACAGCAACGCUUUCCAGGACUUCGCUCUUUCUGUACAUUCAUUGAUUGGCAUGCUGAGGUCAGUGGAAGGUGCAGACGGAAGUGAGUUACGGUGUGGCUCUCACGUAGACAGGCUUCUUGCCAAGCUCCCCAUUCAAAACCGAGACAGUUUCAUUGAGCACUGUUUGCUUCGUGGCAUCUUGAAAGAGGGUUCAGAACAAUCAUACACCUUGGAAGAUUUUUCAGCAUGGCUCAAGGUUAAAGCCCGGGCCAAGAGUAUUGCCCAACAAGUCUCGGGACCUGCGUCAGUGGAGAGACGAGAGCCAGUCCAGAAGAACCUGGGGAGAAGGGCGACGCCGACCACGAUGUACCUGAGCAACACCGCCACUGUGGAGAGCCAGCCUGAUGUUCAACCAAGCCAUGGAAGGGGGAUGACAAUCCAUGGGAAACCCAAGUUCCAACCUUUUUGUCCAUACUGUAACAACAAGGAACACUUCCUGGGAACUUGCCCGAAAGUUAAAGAAUUUAGCCCGUCACAACUGAGAACCUGGAUAGAGAGGAAUGAUCGUUGCUACAGAUGUGCCCGCUGUCAUAAGCCAGAUAAUUGCACCCUCAAAAAGCCUUGCAAUGUCUGCAAAGAGUUGCAUCUCACCAUCCUGCAUAACAUCAUACCUCAACCGUCAACAUCUAAAGGCCCCCAUGGCUCAGAGAAAUCAGCAACGGGAAACACCCUCAAUCUGCUCGUCCGUGCACCUUGUUCUGCAGACACUCUGUACAUGGAUCAGCCAAACAGAUCUCCCCGUGUGAUGUUGAAGGUAGUCCCAAUUUUCUUGAUCAAUGGCCGGCAGAGGCUGAAGACAUAUGCCAUACUUGACGAUGGUUCAGAAAGAACGAUCAUCCUAACCUCUGCAGUGUCCCAGCUGCAACUAAAAGGACCAGAAGAGGUCCUGAAUCUCAGAACUGUGCGUCAUGAGGUGAUUCCCAUAAGUGGUGAGACAAUCUCCUGUUCAAUCUCCCCAGUGAGCCAGAAGAAAAUCAAAUUCCUUAUAGCCAAUGCCUUUACUGCUCCUGUCCUCAACUUGGCUGAGCAUUCCUGUCCCGCCUCUGACCUGCAGAGGGAGUAUUCCCACUUACGAGGCCUACCCUUACCGGACUUUGUCCAAGCCCGGCCGCUGAUCCUGAUAGGCUCAGAUCAUUCCCACUUGUUGGUGCCCAAAGAGCCUGUCCACAUGGGACCUUAUGGGGGACCCAUCGCCGUCCAUACUGCCUUGGGUUGGGCUGUUCAGGGCCCAGCCAAUGCCUUACCUCGACUUCAGACUUCUGAUGUACAAGCCUUGUUCACACUCUGCAACACUGUAUCCUGCCCAGCUACUGCUGAGUUGAUGGAGAAUGUGGAGAGACUGUGGAGACUCGAUUCCUUUCCACACCGUAAGGAGAAGGAAGUAACCCGCUCUAAGCAGGAUCAUUAUUGCCUGGAGCUGCUCGAGACGAAAACUGCAGUGAAAGAAGCAGGUGGAGUGUCUCGAUAUGCUACCCCAUUGCUCAGAGCACCGAACAGUCCACGGCUAACCUCUUCAACCCAUAACUUGUUGCCAUGGCUGCGAGGAACUGAACGCAGGUUGAAGAAGGACCCUGAGCUCAUUGAGAUCUGCAACCAGGAGAUCCUGAAACUGGUCGAGAUGGAGUAUGUGAAGGAGGUGGAUCCCAAAGAUGAUCAGCCAGGUUCAGAAUCUUGGUAUGUUCCACAUCACAUCAUCAGACAAGCGAGUGGAAAACACCGGCUGGUGUUCAACUGCUCUUUCCAGCUUCAUGGCCUGAAUCUGAAUCGCAGCCUUCUUCCUGGUCCAACUCUGGGUCCCUCUCUUCUUGGCGUGCUCCUCCGUUUCCGUGAGCACAGCGUGGCCAUCAGUGGUGACAUAAAAUCUAUGUUCCACCAAGUUCAUCUACUCCCUGCUGACAGGCCACUGCUAAGACUCCUCUGGCGAGCUAUGGCUCAAGAUACCUACCCAAAGACCUAUGAGUGGCAGGUGUUACCUUUCGGUACAACUUGUAGUCCUUGUUGCGCCAUUUAUGCCCUGCAGCGUCAAGCCAAAGAGCACCCAGAGAGUGAUGAGGGAGUGAUGAACUCAGUGUUGAGGGCAUUCUAUGUCGACAACUGCCUGCAAAGCUUCCCUUCUUCGGCCACAGCCAAAGCACUUCUGGACAAACUUCGUUCCACACUGUCUCGCGGGGGAUUCGAAAUUCGCCAAUGGGCGAGUAAUGACUCCCGCGUUGUCGAACAUCUCCCUCCAGAGGCAAGAUCUGCUAGCACGGACUUGUGGCUCUCUCAAGCUGGCAUUGACCCCCAGGAAUCCACCUUAGGUUUGCGCUGGAGCUGCCUUCCUGAUAGCCUGGGAUACAAACACCGUGUGACACCCAUCAAGAUUCCCACACUCCGCCUAAUCUAUCGCACUCUGGCCAGUCAAUACGACCCCUUAGGGUAUAUCUUACCUUAUACCACCAGGGCCAAAGUGCUGGUUCAGGACUUGUGGAAGACCAAACGAGGCUGGGAUGACCCCAUCAUUCCAUCUGAACUGGUUGACCGAUGGCUGAAGUGGGAACAGGAACUGGCUGACCUCUCAAGCAUCAGACUGCCUCGCUGCUAUGUGCCCUCUUGUGCUGACCAGUCAGGUGUACACAGAGAGCUGCAUGUUUUCUGUGAUGCCUCAGAAAGGGCCUAUGGCACUGUGGUCUACUUACGUGUCCAUGACAGCCAAGAUCAUGUUCAUGUGGCAUUCGUCAUGGCCCGCUCCAGGGUGUCACCAAAGAGACAGUUGUCAAUGCCUCGACUUGAACUGAGCGCGGCCUUGGUAGGGGCGCAGUUGGCCACUACCUUGAAGUCUGAACUUACCUUGUCAUUGGCCCGAACCAUCCUUUGGAGUGACUCCACCACAGUGCUGACCUGGUUGAAGUCAGAGUCGUGCCACUACAAGGUCUUUGUUGGCACUCGAAUCGCAGAGAUCCAAGAACUCACAGACUCAGAUGACUGGAGGUAUGUGGACAGUCCAAACAACCCAGCUGAUGACCUGACCCGAGGCAAGACACUGCGUGACCUGGCGCAACCUAGCUGCUGGACGGACGGACCUGCCUUCCUUCAGCACCCUGAGACUUGCUGGCCUGUUGCUCCAGGUGUUUCCCACACCUCAUCCCUCACAGACAGCACAGAACUGAGGAAGGCUGCUACGUGCCUGAAUGUUUCUGCUGCCCCCAGUGUAUUGCCGAAUGCCUCUAAGCAUCAAAGCUGGAGUGACCUCAUCACCGCUACUGACCAAACAUUGACUCAAUCCGACAAAGUGACCGAAGGUGCAGCAGCGGAAACCUUCAUUCUACAACAAGCCCAGGAGUCAUGCUUCCCUGAAGAACUCAGCGCUCUCCGUAAAGGAAAGCCUCUCUCUAGGCAAAGUAGUCUACUUCAACUCUCUCCUGAGCUUGAUCCAGAUGUUGGGCUGAUGCGGGUAGGAGGAAGACUACGCAGGUCCCAGGACCUAGACCCAGACAUCAUCCACCCAAUCAUUCUGGACCCAAAGCAUCCCACUACGCAGCUCAUCAUUAAGCACUAUGACGAGUCCCUGCUGCAUCCGGGGCCAGAGAGGGUCUUUGGAGAGUUGAGACGCAAGUAUUGGAUCCUGGGAGGAAGACCAGCCAUCCGUAAACAUCAGCACAGUUGCAGAGAGUGUCAGAGGUGGAAAUCCUCUCCUGAAGUGCCCAAGAUGGCUGAUCUGCCCCCGGCAAGGCUGCGUCUCUUCAAACCACCAUUCUGGUCCACUGGUGUAGACUGUUUUGGACCCUUUAUCAUUCACCAUGGCCGUAGAACAGAGAAGCGAUGGGGAAUUAUCUUUAAAUGCUUAACCACUCGUUGCUUACAUCUGGAUUUGCUUGGAAGCAUGGAUGUCGAUGCCUUUCUCCUAGCACUCCGUCGUUUCAUCUCCCGUCGUGGCAAGCCCUUUGAGAUCUGGGCGGACAGGGGAACAAACUUCCGUGCUGGGGACAGGGAGUUGAAUCAAUGUUUCCAGGCCAUGGAACCCAAGCUUCAGGAACACUUGGCCAAUCAGCAGAUUUCCUUCAACUUCAAUCCGCCAUGUUCUCCACACUUUGGAGGAGUCUGGGAGCGCGAAAUCAGAUCAGUCAAGAACGCCCUACGAGUGAUCCUCGGGAAUCAGACCACUUCUGAAGCUGUCCUUCACACUGUCCUGGUUGAGGUAGAAGGCAUUAUGAAUUCAAAGCCUUUAGGCUAUCUUUCAUCUUCUGCCAGUGAUCCUGAUCCGGUCACUCCCAACUUGCUGCUGAUGGGGCGGCGGGACGCCUCCCUGCCACAAGCCAUCUUUGCCAACAGCAAGCUCCUUGGGCGAAGGAAGUGGCGUCAUAGCCAGAUGUUGGCGGACCAUUUCUGGACACGGUUCAUUCGUGACUACUUGCCUAACCUACAACCCAGAGGAAAGUGGCUGAGGGAAGUCCAGAAUCUGGAAGUAGGGAAGACUGUUCUGAUCCUUGACCCCCAACUGCCGCGGGCCUCUUGGCCAACAGGUCGAGUAACAGCUGUCAUGGCCGGUAGAGACGGACGUGUUCGGUCCGUUGACGUCCAGGUCGGCCGUCAAACCUACACCAGACCAGUGUGUCGUCUGAUGGUGCUUCCAGAGUUGGAAGAAGAGUGAGUCUUUCUUUCAGGAGGAAUUGAUCCCAAUUCCGGGGCGGCUAUGAAAAGACUCCCUGGAUUUUCGUCCUUUUUUUUCAGUUAUCUUUCUAAUAUGGUGAAUCUGCCAAACUGAAUCCCACUCCACCUGCCAGCUAAGGGGCGGAGACUAUAAAUAGCCUGCUCACCCUUUAGUUCAUCCUUUGCACUCCCUGCCAGCACACCAAUUUAACCCUGUGUCCUGAGUUUCCUCCACAUAUCCUGAAGUGUGCGUCUUCAAGUUAACGUGAGUGGUCAAUUCAUUGUUUAUUGUUUCAUUUGUAUGCCUUUGUGGUAGUUUUGCUGAUCCCUUUGUUCUCAGACAUGUGCUAGGAGCCAUGUGGGAAUUGUUUGUUGCUUGUUUGUUACUUUGCUGUUUAGUUGUGGAUUGCGUAUUCACACAUGAUUGUUGCUUGUUCGUUGCCUUUGCUGUUUAGUUCUGAAUUGUGUAUUUGCACAUGAUUGUUGGUUUCUCUGUUUGAUUGACCACUUCGUUAUUUAAUUGUAGUUGUAUUGUUUCUUUGUUUUCUCAUGCAGCACACAAAAUAAUCAAGACCAAAAGGGAAAAUAAAUACUGGUUCUUGCAUUAAA